GCAGCCCUGUGCGGUCGGUAUAAAGGCCCCAGUCCUCUCCGUCAUCAUCACCGCUCUUCAUCCACACCAUUUCAUCAUGUUAGUUGGGCUGACCAUGGAGUCCCCCGGAUCAGCCUCAUUAUUUACAUUAGCUACUCUACCCUGAACAACACAACCCUACUUCGAAUUAUCUUUCCACUCACACUACCACCAACAACACUGUCGCUCUUUGGUUCCUGCCGCUAUGGGUAAGCCUAAGCUGACACCGGAACCCUUCGACCUGGUCGAACUUAUUCAACAAACCUACGAUGACUCCCGCAUCAUAGUCUUCGUUUGCCUCAUAUCUUGGAUCGUUGGCCGUCUCGACUUGGGAUUAACAUGGUUGUUCUUCGUCCUGGCGGUAUGUCGGACUUAUGCGGUCGUUAACUUGACCCGAGUUCAGCGCAUCCUUCGCGAUGAAUGCAAGCGAUACCACGCACAUAAAAUCCUCUCCCGCGGGGAGACUGUGGAAUGGGUAAAUGGUGUACUACAACGAUUCUGGCACAUGUACCAGACUCAGAUUUGCGACCAUAUUGUGCGCUACGUGAACAACGGGUUGGCGCGACGGGCCAUUACUGAGAACGGAACAACUCCGCAGAAAGUAGUGAUUCAAUCUUUGGCUUUGAUCGACCUUCCUUUACGGUUUACAAAAGUGCUUGUGCACCAGAAACCCUCGUCGCCAAACCUGAUUGUUGAGGGCCAGUUUCAAGUUAAUCUGGCACCGCAUCCCACCCACCAUCACCUUAUCGAAAGCUCAGGACACCCUCUCAUCGACCUUACGAUUGUUCAUGAUAAGGACUCGGGAGAUUCUCACCACCGGAACCAUGAUUUGGCGGUGCAGGUACGGCAAUUUAAAAGCACGGGAUCCCUGAAAGUGGAAUUAGACCUGGAGGGUGACCAUCCAGCUCUGCUACAGCCACAGGUAGACCUUCAGGAGCACCCUAACAUGGACUGCACCAUCAAGUCGAUCAGCCAGCAUCAUUUCCCGCUUCAUUUUGCACAUCAUGUGGACUGGAGACGGGUGGUGGAACUGCAGUUGCGGGAGGGGUUGGGAUGGGCAUUUCACCGACCGCUGGCGCUGCCUUUCACACUGGGAGAGCGGUGGCUAUUUCGGGUAAUGACGUGGUGGUGGCAUGCUGUGAACUAGUUGCACUGGCCCAACAUUUGGGGCGCAGGGAUGAGACGCAAUAAUUGUGCAGGUCAUAAAUAGAGUCGUCUGGAGAAGGGUCCCUGAUUGGGUCGCUUGCCUCCCCGGGGGUGGGUGGAUUUCCUCCGUAGGGCUGAGCUGGGCGGCCAAUCCGAGACCGCCAAAUGGUGUUGCCUUGUGUAUUGCAAAUACCACAGUACCGUCUUGGUCACGCUCGGGCAAUCGC